AUGGUUUUUGUUCUUGACCCUGCAAAAGCAAACAGCACAGGGCCAGUCUGCCAGCUGAAAAGCUUUGCAAUCAAUGGCUACACCAGAAAAGGAGACAUGAAUAUUGGAGGAAUAUUUUCUCUACACAGUGGCGAGGCUACCAGUCAGAUUCCUUUUACUGAGCUACGUGACAUUGCACUGUGCAAAAAGUUUACUUUUAAAGUAUAUGAAAGACUCCUGGCUAUGAUAUUUACGACUCAAGAGAUUCAGAAGGACCCAAAACUUUUGCCAAAUAUCACACUUGGGUAUGUGAUUUACGAUUCUUGUACAACAGCAGCUGGAGUUCUUGAAGGUGCAAUGAAGCUGCUUACAGGACAAAAAAAAGCAGUUCCAAACUAUCAGUGCAACACAUUUUCCUCAGCUGUAGCUGUGAUUGGUGAAACAUACUCUUCAACAUCAAUUCCCAUGGCUAGGCUGCUGGGAGUCUACAAAUUUCCCCAGAUAAGUUAUGGAGCAUCAGUUACAACUUUAAGUGACAAAAAUCAGUUUCCAUCAUUUCUUCGAACAUUUCCAAGUGGCCUCUACCAGUCCAUUGGUAUAGCCCACUUCAUCCUACAUUUUGGCUGGAUGUGGGUUGGACUUUUAUCAGACAGCAAUGAUUAUGGCUUACAAGGCAGCCUUACAGUAAAAGAAGAACUUGUCAAAGCUGGGGCUUGCAUUGCUUUUUUUGAAACAAUACCUGCAGUGUACUCUGAAGCGAAGAUUCAGCACAUAAGUGAAACAAUUAGGAAAUCUUCUGCAAAUGUGAUAGUGAUCUAUUCGAUUGACACUGACCUCUAUCCUGUCAUGGAGGUGACUGCAAGGAACAACGUGAGUGGAAAAGUCUGGGUUGCCAGUAACGACUGGGCACAAUCUUACCUAUUUGCUAAGAAUGAGUUUUUGAGAACUUUGCAGGGAACUCUUGGCUUUGUAGUGAGAAGAGGGAACAUGCCAGGGUUCAACAAGUUCAUUUACAGGCUUAAUCCUUACAUUAAUCCAGAUGAUAUAUUUCUGAAAAUAUUCUGGGAACUUGUUUUUGACUGUAAGCUGCAGAUUGUGGAUAACAUUAAUAAAAACCUGACCAAAGAAUCAAAAAUCUGCAAGGGUGAUGAAAAAUUAGAGGGCAUGAAAAUGGAUUUUUUUAAACUUGAUGAUUUAAGACCUACAUACAAUGUCUAUAAUGCUAUAUAUGCUGUUGCCCAUGCUUUACAUGACAUGAUUUCAUCAGGAAUGGAAAUAAAACCAGAAGUAGAUAAAAUUCCUCAAUCACUGUGCAGUGAAAGUUGUUCUGCUGGCUACAGAAAAGCACCUCAGACAGGCCAACCAAUCUGCUGCUUCAGCUGUGUCAUGUGUUUUCAAGGAGAAAUUUCAAACCAAACUGAUUCGAUUGAGUGCAUGAAGUGUCCUGAGGAUGGCUGGCCUAAUGAAAGGCAGAACAAAUGUAUCAAGAAAGUAAUUGAGUUCCUUUCUUAUGAAGAACCACUAGGCAUAACAUUAACUACUGUUUCUGUAUUCUCAGCAUUGGCUACAGCUAUCAUCAUAGCAAUCUUUUUAAAGUACCAUCAAACACCUGUUGUCAAGGCCAACAACCGAGAGCUUAGCUAUCUGCUUUUAUUCAGUCUUAUGUUAUGCUUCCUCUGUUCUUUAAUUUUCAUAGGCUGCCCCACACAUGUGACAUGUAUGCUUCAACGAGGUUCAUUUGGUAUCAUCUUUACUUUGUCUAUCUCAUGUGUUUUAGCUAAAACCAUUGUGGUGGUGCUUGCCUUUAAUGCUAACAAGCCAAACAGCAACAUAAGGAAAUUCUGGGGCCCUAGGCUGCCAAAAAUUUUAGUUAUGCUCUGCACAGCUGUUCAGGUUAUAAUUUUUGUUUCUUGGUUAAUAAUUUCUCCUCCAUUUCAGGAUGAAAAUACAACUUCCAUAACAGGAAGGAUCAUCAUGGAAUGUAAUGAAGGUUCACCUGUGGCAUUUUGGUUUAUGCUGUCUUAUAUGGGCAUUUUAGCCACUGUAAGCCUUGUGGUUGCAUUUCUGUCGAGAAAACUCCCAGACAGCUUUAAUGAGGCUAAAUUUAUCACAUUCAGUAUGGUGGUGUUUGUUAGUGUGUGGAUGUCAUUCAUCCCAGCUUAUCUAAGCACAAAAGGAAAGUAUAUGGUGGCUCUGGAAAUAUUUGCCAUUUUAUCCUCAGGGGCUGGACUGCUAUUUUGUAUAUUUGUUCCUAAGUGCUACAUUAUUCUGUUUAGACCAGAAAUGAACACCAGAUAUAACCUAAUGGGGAAGGGGGUGUUUAAAAAUGGAAAAGAUUAA